AUGGCGGCAGGAUCCUCAUUGUUGAGCUACGGGAAAUUCUACACGAAACCCUUGGACUUUAAGGCCGAUGCGUGGCGGCAAUGUCCAGGCGUGCAAUACGUUCUUUGUAUUCGCAUCGGCCCGGAGCUCAACGUCUGCCAGAACCGCCUACACUCAAUCGUGAAUAGGCAGUUUGAAGAUUCUCGCAAGCAGCCAAUGAACAUCGACAACAAUUCUGGCUUGGUGGUUGACUCUCGUCGUUUGCUGGGGCUUCCGCCCGGUACCAAUCUUCCUGCUGGUUUCAACGAUCCCGUUCAGUUCAACAACAUCGACGCCAUUAGCUGCUUCUGGCUUCCGAGCAACGGAACAUCGGGAUACGGCGGGCAAGGGAACGAUAUAAUGCAGAAAAGCCAGGGCGCAAUGUCACGAAAGUAG